AUGUCCUGGCCUGCCGGAAGAAGUGAAAGCAGUGGCUUUGGCAGCACAAGUCUCUUUGAGCUGGGUAGAAGUCACAGAAUUUCCUAUGGUGGAGGUUAUGGUCUUGGACACUGUGGUGCAUAUGGUGGCGGGGGGUACGGUUACGGCGCAGGCUGUGGUAGUGGUGCGGGCUUUGGCAGCCAUUUCGGUGUUGGCAGUGGUGCAGGUUAUGGUAGCUGUGUAGGCUACGGCAGUGGAGGCUAUAGAGGUUCCUCUGGCUUCGGAGGUUACUCCCCCUACCAUUUCGGAAGCGGUGUACGUUACGGCGUCGGACAUGCAGGUAGAAGUGACAGUAUCCAAGGGGUGUGCAUCCAUCCGGAACUGCUGAAGCCUCUUUCUGUGGGGGUUGACCCAGAAGAACAUAAAAUACGAGCACAUGAGAAGGAGCAGAUAAAAUGUCUCAAUGACCAGUUCGCCUGCUUCAUUGACAAGGUCCGCUGCCUUGAGCAGCAGAACAAGGUGCUGGCAACCAAAUGGGAACUCUUGCAGCAGCACACUGUACCAGCAAGGAGAGACAUUGUACCUAUUUUCGAGAAUUACAUCUGCCAACUGAAGAAACAGCUGGAAUGUUUGUUACAUGACAGAGCGAGACUGGACGAUGAAGAAAAGGCUGUCCAGGACUUGGUCCAUGAGUACAAAAGCAAAUAUGAAGGGGAAAUCAACAAACGCACGCAUGCAGAGAAUGAGUUUGUGGUGCUCAAGAAGGAUGUGGACUGUGUCUUCAUGACCAAAGAGGAGCUGGAGGCCAAGCUGUUGCAGCUGAGACAGCACUUUGAUUUCCUGAAAUGCGUCUUUAUUGAGGAGCGAGCUCAGCUAGAUGGCCAACUCUGCGAUACCGCCAUUGUUUUGGAAAUGGACAACAGCCGAGACCUGGACCUCAGUGGCAUUAUCCAGAGUGUUAAAUGCUGUUAUGAGGAAAUCGCUCAAAAGAGCAAAGGAGAAGCUGAGACUUUCUACCAAACUAGACUUGAGGAGCUGAGCACCAACAGAGGCAGAUUCUGCGAUGACCUGAAGAAUAUCCAGGGUGAAAUAGCGGAGCUGAAACGGCUGAUCCACAAACUGCAGGGCGAGACUGAUAAAGUGAAGAAAGAGACGGCCAUUGCUGACGCUGAGCAUCGAGGCGACUGCGCCCUCAAAGACGCCAGAGAGAAGCAUAUUGAUUUGCAGAACGCCUUGCAGAAGGCCAAGGACAAACUGGCCUGCAUGCUGCGGGACUACCACGAGCUACUCAACGUCAAGCUGGCCUUGGAUAUUGAGAUAGCUACAUACAGAACACUGCUGGAAGGAGAAGAAACCAGGAUAUGCACAGGGAACCCCACGAAUGUCGCUGUGGUCAGCGGUGGCCAUACCAUCGGGGAUUGCAGAGCCGGCUUUGGAAGUGUUUGUGGACCUCUAAAGGGAGGAUUCAGCCACGGAAUUGGAAUGUUUGCCUCCAGUGAUGGAUUCAGCUCCAGAAGUGCAGAAGGCAUCUCCAGGAUGGGAGGUGGCUAUGGCACAAGGAGUGCCGUGGGUACUCUGGCCACUGGACUGAAGGAGACCUCAUCCACCAUCAUCCCUUUAGUGUGGACCUCUGAGCAUGCCUACCAGAUCAAGCCGAACAUAUGA